AUGGAGCCCACCAUGGAAACCACCAUGGACCCCAACGACAGCCCUCUCAGCAACCUCGAUGUGUGGUGCGACUGGAGCGGCAUCCAAGAAGAACCAGUGUCAAUCACAAUCGCCAUGGAGCUACAAACGUACCGCCAUUCCAACCUGACCUUACCAAUCCUCAAUGUCCAAUCGCCAAACACCGUGAAAACCCCAUCUUGGGUCAUCCGGCUGAAGCCUGACUCCGCCCACUAUGAUACCGACACUCCACCCGAGAAAGAGGCUCAGCGGCCUGUCCAGGAAUACAGUGAUGAGACUGAGAGUUACCCUGCCAAGAAUGUCUCCAUUUCUGAAUCUGGGAGUGUUGUUGUCCACGAUGGUUCGCGGGAUGACGAUCCUCAGGUGGAUACCUCGGGGAUUUACACCCAGGUUGAUAGCCCUGGUAGCUCAACCUCUUCUGACCCUCACAAGAGCCAGAUCAACAGUCUGGGUAGCCCGAACUCACCCAACCCUCGUAAGAGAUCUGCCAAGGCUGCUUCCCUGCCUGACUCUAUCCCUCCUGACGAUGAGUACCAAGGCACCCGCCACAAAGUUAUGAUGACCAAGAUCGACCCGUCGCUGGGACUGGAGCCUGUGUCCCGGAACACUAGCACCACCAAGAGCAUCGUUAGCUCAAUUCCAAUUCAAAGUCGUUCUGUCAGUCUGGAUGAACUUAGCGUGUUGUUUGAGAACAUACCUCCCAUUAUUCACUGUUGUUCUGCCAGUCUGGAAGAAACCGGCGUGAUGCCUGAGAACGUCUCUCCCAUUGACAGUCGUUCUGCCAGUCUGGACAAAAUCAGCGUGACGGCUGAGAAUAUUCCGUUGCAUCAAGAUUUGGAGCCAAUUGUGCCAGGUUCCCCGAGCGUUACAUCUGAGCAUCUCUCGCUAAACUGCAAGGGAGCGGCGGUUGACAAUGUACCCGAUGAAACUCCUCUGCACAGUGCAGAAACUCCUCUAAGCAAGAUAGACUUGAGUGGCACCGAACCACUCACCGAAGCGAACUUGCUCCAGCGGAAUUAUGAUACCCUUUCUACUCGUGGGUGCAACGGCAGCCUUUCUGACACCGAAUACAGUGAUAGAGAAAAGGAGGACCUGGUUCUUUCCCUUGAAUCCAUCGGGUCGCCAUCAUUCUUCACAUGCCCUGGGUUUAACCCUCUGCCCCAGACCCCUGCAGAAAUUGCCGAAAAACACAAGCCCAAGCUCAUCUUGGACAAUGACGUUCUUUACGUGCAGACCCCUUCCAUUGUCUACUCCGCGACAUACCAAAUCGCGAUUUCGCUCAAAGUCUGGCUGCAAAAAGGAAAAUCGAGAGAUUGGUGGGAGUUGGUUGUGAGUGGGCUGCCUCGACUGGCGCAAUUCGAGUUUGGUUAUCUCUACUUCCGAACACCCCCGGGCCAGGGGAUGGAAUUCAUGACUUCGUCUUUCAAACGACAUACGCUCGUGGAAAGCUGCUUGAUGGCCCAAUUCUAUGGUGGAAAAAGCCUCGUGAUUCCGUUCCGCAAGUGCAAUGCAGAAUACUACGGGCAACUUAAGGACUACAAAGUCAACACAGUCAUACGGGCCGAGGUGGCAGAGGCCAGCGAUCCAUCGUCCUAUCUGAUCAAAUACAAUGCUGUUUGCUCCAUUGAUCUCAUCAAUCACAACUUCUGGUCCGAGAAGUGCCAAUUCUACAUUUUUGUGCAUGGCGGCCCGGACGGCGAGUUUGAUGCCUUUUUUACAGCUAAAAAACCUCUCAUAAACUCAGUUCGGCUGCAGCCAGCAGAUGGCAGUGGAAUCUCGCGCAUCAAUAUCAUCAGCGUUCCCCAGGCUCUGGAGAUGUUCACGGUGUCGUGGGAUUUCAAGCUGCCAAGAGGCAAGGCUGUUACCUGGCUGCCAUGGAUCAAUACCACAUUCAGCUGCAAGGAUGCUAAAACUAUUCUCCAAGAUGAUUACAUCAUUUAUGGGCCCAAGCAUGAGGUUGUUCCUCUGAAGCAUCAGAGUGUUGAUACUAGGUGCCAAUUUUCAUGUGGUCAACUGGGUGAGCUUAACCGUUUUAAGCCUACAGUCCAUAAAACUCCACAUCUCCAUGGGCCUCUGUUUGGCAAAGUGCCAACUUCCAAGUCUACGAGUACACAGACCCUAGUUGCGGAAACUCCAGCUCUCAGAUCAAGAGUUGCCGUGACUCCAGUCGCUGAGCCAAAGAAGCCGCGCCGUGUACGCGGACUGUGGACCCUGUGGGCCCUGAUCAUGUUCUUUUUCCAACUGCUUUGUUUGCUGGCGUCUGUUCAUACCAUUUACUGGUCGUACUUGCUGCGCAACUGUGUGUUCCGCGAAGUGUAUGUCUAUGGCCCAGUGGACUACGCAGAGCAUUUUACGACGAAUGCUGAUGUGGAGAAAGAGGCGGACACUGUCCUGGCGGAGUUCAAUCUUCAACCUGAGCUGAUUCAAUCUGAAGUUCAGCAGUAUAUCAACACUACACCUGCCGACAUCACCCCAAUGCCCUUGAGAGACCGCAUUGAUUACUUUCUCGGAUGGCGAGGACCAAUUGCGCGGGGGUAA